GAUAUCAACUUCACGCUACAUAAACUGAAUGAGCUAAAGCUUCGCCCUCUUCCUGCUCAGUCCUCUCUGCUUGAUUUGUCUGGAGGAAAUUAGGGUUUCGAAUCUCCGAUUCACCCAGUGAGAAGAUCCUUUGGCUUCAUUGAUUCGACAGUUGACCUUUUAUGAGCUAGUGGUUCAGCUCCUGGAGUGGUUCUGACACGUCAAUGUCGGCGAUUGAUGGAAGCGUAAAGCGGACAGGGAAGGACGGUGAAUCCCUAAGAUCGGACAAGAAGAGGCGUGCUGUAGACGAGUUCGAUGAUGAUCUCGAUCUCUCUAGUGACAUUAAAGGAAUCAUCUCGGCGCUGCAACAGAUUAGGGACAAAGCGCAAAAAGAUGGACAGAAGAAGAAUGAAGAGACGAUCAUGAGUGUGGCAUCAGAGAUCAAAUCAAUGAUAGAUGAUGCAAAGUCGAAAUUUGAAAAAGAGAGCUGUCCAACGGAUAUCAAGUUUCUUCUAAAGCUAUGGAUGUGUCUUUCUUUGUUCCAUUUCCAAGUGCAAAGUUUUCUUAAGGCUCUUGCCAAGAGUUCUAAAGAGUAUGAGAGCUCCUUGAAGAGUGAAUAUAACAAGUUUCAGGCAGCUUACCAAAAGUUCUCCAACGAGAAAGCAAGCCAUUUACAGAUAUUCAAAGAUAUAUUUUCAAAAUAUGAGUUGGAUAAGGAGAAGUUGAUUUCACGCUAUGAGCAGAUGAGAAAGAAAGAAAAAGCUGCUCUCUCUGAACUUGAGAAGGCAUUCACGAACAAGAUAGCGAGGUCUGAAGAGGCUCUGAAAAAAAAGAAGCAGGAUGACAAAUCCUUCAGCUUCUUGCGAAAGUCACUUGGCUCCUUUUUGGAAGUUGCUUCAGAUGACGAAUAAGCAUCUAUUUCUCUAUCAGAUUUCAUAAUUUUAGAAACCAA